UUGCCAGAUUUUCAAAUGCAACUCAUGUGGUCGAUUCGAAGAGGCAGUUUAAAGAUCUUGUAAUGGCCAAGAUAUUGCAGAAAUACGUUAAGUUUACGGCCAAGGAGCUAGAGACGUACGCCAAAAGCCCGGGCUCAUGUGUGCGAUGCAUCACCACGGACAUGCACCUGGCCAUGGGUCCAUACGGUAUGGCCAGCUUCAAGCACGCGCUGCUCGAGCUCCUCACCCGCACCAAGGUGGGAUUCUACGAUGCCAGCCUCGACGGGAUUGUACUGGCCGUCAAGAACAUCAAGGUGCUGGGCCAGACAGCCGGCCUUCGGGCGGACGACCCCACCAUGCACCUGGUCAUCAACGCGGACUUCUACGUCUUCCGUCCCGAAGUGGGCGCCGUACUGAGCGGCGUGGUGCAGCACAUCUCGAAGUACCAGGUCACCGCCAUCAUCUACCGAGUCUUCAACACCGCCAUCCGCUUCACCAACAGGGAGGACGUCGCCAUGGAGCAGGAGAUUAAGUUCCGGAUAAAGAACUUCGAUAUCGGCAAUGUAGUGCCAUACAUCGAGGGAGAAAUAUUGCAUGAGAAUGGCAACGAGGCAAAGAGUAAAUCCACAACACUGGCCAGUCCAGAAUCGGAGGAGGAAGAGGAUGUGGAAGAGGUUAAGGAAGAGGACCCCGAUGAGAUGUUGGAUGCCCUUUUAGAAGAAAUAAAGAAGGAACCUGAGUUCACGCCAAAAAAGAAAUCUCCAAAAAAACGGAAGAAUGGAGAAAACGGUGACAUCGCAAAAGCGAAAAAAGUAAAACUAGAAAUAAAAAGCGAGCCAAUAUAGCUUUAAAA